AUGGGUGACAAAACACCAACUAAUGAAACAGAGAAAUCUGGAAAAACAAUGACCAUUGACAAUCUUCACCCUUAUCACCUAAAUAACUCUGAUUCACCUGGUAUGACUCUAGUCAACACAGUGUUUGAUGGAAGAGGAUACCAGGGUUGGAGAAGAUCUGUCUUGCUAUCUCUUUCAGCCAAAAAGAAGCUAGGCUUCAUUAAUGGAGGUUGUAAAACUCCAGAUCUGGAAUCUGAUGAAUAUGAACAUUGGAGCUGUGUUAAUGACAUCCCAUGGAUAUUAAACGCAUUAUCAAAGGACAUAGCAAAUAGUGUUAAGUACUCUAAGACAGCCAAAGACUCAUGGGACGGAAAGACAGAAUUGGCUAAAUCACUAGAGGAUCAAAGACUUAUUCAAUUCUUGAUGGGAUUGAAAGAUGUGUAUGCACAAGCAAGGGGGAAUAUUCUGAUGUUGAAUCCUUUGCCUAAUAUGGACCUUGCAUAUUCACUCUUCUUACAGGAUGAGAACCAGAGAGAAGCAUAUGCAAAUGCAAAAUUCACCUCUGAUCUUGCAUCUUUCAUGGUAAAUGGACAGAACAAGCAAUUUAACACACAACUGAUGGCACAAUUUGCAGCAUUCAUGGCUGUUGGAAAGGGGAGAAACAAUCAAAGACUCAAGAUACAAUCAGGAAAAUGA